UGAUCACUGUAAAAGAAGGAAAAACAAUUGAAGAUGAAUUAGAAGUAACCGAAGGAAUGCGAUUUGAUCGCGGAUAUAUUUCUCCAUAUUUCAUAACUGAUACUAAAACUCAAAAAGUUGAACUUGAAAAGCCUCUUAUCCUUCUCUCCGAAAAGAAAAUUUCUAUAUUACAAGAUAUUCUUCCAAGUUUAGAAGCUGCUGCUCAACAACGUAGACCACUUCUUAUUGUUUCUGAGGAUGUUGAUGGUGAAGCUUUAGCUGCUUGUAUAUUGAAUAAACUUCGUGGAAAUCUUCAGAGACUUGCAAAAUUGUCUGGAGGUGUUGCUGUUAUUCGUGUGGGUGGUUCUUCAGAAGUUGAAGUUAACGAAAAAAAAGAUCGCUUUGUUGAUGCUUUGAAUGCCACACGUGCAGCCGUUGAAGAAGGAAUUGUACCUGGUGGUGGUGUUGCCCUCUUGAAAUCCACCAGAUGUUUAGAUUCCUUAAAACCCGUAAAUUUUGAUCAACAAUUAGGCGUGAAUAUCGUAAAAACUGCUCUUCAAAAGCCUGCGAAAACCAUCGUUGACAAUGCCGGUGAGGAAGGUUCAGUAGUUGUAGGUAAACUAUUAGAUGAUCAAGAAAAUAAUUUCAACUAUGGUUAUGAUUCUGCCGCUAGUCAAUACGGUGAUAUGAUUGCACGUGGUAUUGUGGAUCCAUUAAAAGUCGUAAGAACUGCACUUGUUGAUGCUUCUGGUGUUGCAAGUUUACUAACAACAACAGAAUGCAUGAUUACUGAUGCACCUG